CAACGCAACAACCCAUCCAACGUCCGACAUUAGCAAGCGGGAGUACUGUCUUUCGGAAGGGUUCAUUACAAACAACACAAACAAAAAGGGGGAACAAUUGAUAGGUAGAUAGAUAGAACGACCAUGACAUCGUCCACCAAGAGCGCUAGUACCAGUACUAGCUCUUCAGGCAAUGUCAAGAAGAGACCGACCGCGGACAUGACUCGUCGCAUGGCCGCCGUACUCCGCGCCAAAGGGAAUCAAGUGUGUGCCGACUGUCCCAACACACGUCCCAUGUGGGUUUCCUUUUUGACGACGAACAGCCGUGGAGGCUCGAAGCAUUUGGGUGUAUUGGUGUGUGCCGACUGUGCGCAACACCACUACUUUGAGCUGGGCGAGAAGCGUUGUCACAUUCAAUACUUGAAAAUGGCACACGAAUUUUCCUCCCUCGAUAUUGCCGUACUUGAAGAUGCCGGGGACAAUGAUGCGGUGAACCGAGUCUUGGAAGCCACACUGACCGGCGACGAAUUCGACAAGCGCUACGUGGACAAGGACGAGAAAGAAGAAGAAAAGCGAAGAGCCAAAUUUAUCAAACACAAAUACAAAAAACACAAAUGGAUUGAUCAAGAAAAAUUUCACAAAUUGAUCGUCCAUUUGCUCAAGCGAGAACGAAGACGAAUGCAAGAACGUUUUGACGACAACGUGGAAGAAGAAGAGAGGGGAGAAAAACGAUCCUCUCGACGAGACUGCAACAACAAACCCGAGAGAAGCUCGUCGUCGCGUCGAUUGGUUGAAAGAGACAGAAAAGGAGAUCAUUCCACGAGCUCCCGAAGAAGUAGCCGUCAAAAGGACUUUCACGAUUCGUAUCCAGCAGAAAAAUCAUCGUCUCCCAAGAGACCUUAUAUGGGAUCUAAUAGGACGAGUCGCAGUCAGAGGAGCUUAUCUGCCGAGGAGUUGUAUCCAGAAGACAGUAGAAGACCGUCUAUGGGAUCCAGGAAGGGCCGCAGUCAGAGGAGCGUCCACAACUCUUCCACGGACUUGUCUGCAGAAAACAGCAAAAGACCUUCCAUGAGUCCCAAGAAAAACAGGACCAUUCGCAGGGGGUCCAAUGAAUCGCUUACCCCCGAGGACUUGCGAGCUGACACCGGUACAGAAGCAUCUUCUUCCGCAAGACCUUCGUUGGGCCCCAGGGGAAAGAGUCGACGUCGCAAGGACUUUAAUGAUUCCCUUUCCCUGGAGGACUUGUCGCCAGCACUAUCGUCCAAUUCUCCUGCUCCUUCCUCAGAUGCGUCUCGCAAGGGGAAUCUGCACCGUUCCUGUCUCAAUUCGAAAAUGGAAAAACCACAAGAGGAAAAUGAGACGAAACAGCAAGUGCCACCCCAACCACGUCAAGGACAACCAACUCCACGAAAGCUCUUGCCCACACGACAAGCGUCGGGAAGGAAGGGCGCCGGAGGAUUCAACAGUUCUUGUCCCAAUCUUAGUUUCGCGGCACACCAGUUCCUACAGCAAGACAACAAGCCCCAAGCAACCAACGUCACCAACAUUGCAGGCACGCCGCAACGCAAAUUGCCUGCACGUGCUAGAUCCGCCAGAGACAACAACGACAACCGCGGAGCUCCUGCUCGAGGUUCUUCCAACCCAAAUCUUGUGCUAUCCAGAGUAAGGCAAGCCAGAAACAACAAUGCUACACCAGCCGUGGCGAGUAGUAGAAAGGCUCCGUUCCAACCACCCAUGCCGCUUCAAAGUACCACGGGACCACAGCCCCCGCGCAUGAGAUCCAAUCCCAACUUGAUGAUGGGGCCACCCUCGGCACCCCAAACCACUUCGAGACUUCAGCCCACACGCAUGGCUUCUAAUCCCAACAUGAUGAUGAUGAGGCCACCCUCGGCGGCCAUGCAACCUCCCCAAAUGAGACCUCAACCUACACGAAUGGGUUCUAAUCCCAACAUGAUGAUGAUGAUGAGGCCACCCUCGGCGGCCAUGCAACCUCCCCAAAUGAGACCUUGCAACCUCACUAAGCAUAAUCCACAUAGCAGGAGCACUCAGGCGUCUACAAUAAAUGAGCUCGACCAUACACGAUGGUUUCAGCCCACAUGA